CGUUACCAGUGAGCAACAGGAAUGUUGUGCCCAAAUUAAGAAAGUUAUUGCUUGUAAUUUAUAAUACGUAAAUAGCGAAUAUAACUAUUGUCUGACAAUAAGGUGGAUGAGUAAUCAACGCAGUUUGAAACGGUUUUCAUAAUACCAGAACAUACUGAAUACGACGAUAAAAUGCCCUAAAAAUAACAAAACACCCUCAAAUUGUUCAUUUUGACAUUUGGCUGUCAAAACAAUCGAGCAAUUUGAAUAAAGCCAAACAAGCAAUACUAAUCACGGAUAACAUUUCAAGAUGCCUCAGCAACGACGAAAAGUGCCAUUUAGCGGCAAAAAGAAGAAAGACCAAUUGCUACAAAAGCGCAACACAAAAGGUCCGUCCAAGUACUUGCGCUCCAAUCAGGAAUCCUACGAGGAUAGCGAUGCCCCCGAGACGACAAUGGAUCGCAAGGUUAUGGAGCAGCCCUUUCCACGCGGCGGCGGAGGAGGACGCAAUAAGAACGUAAACCGUUACAAUCUUCAGUUCAUGCAGGAGAACAAGAAGGAGAUCGAACUGAUGAAGGAGGAGGGAUUCAAGCCCCUCGAUGUGCUGACAGCGGCACAAAGGGAGAUCGAUUCGAGCUAUUUCAACAGCUAUGAUUUUCCAGUACGACCACCUUGGAACUAUGAGCAGAGCAAAGAGCUUUUGGAUCGCAAUGAAAAUCGGUAUUUUAAGGAGUAUGUGGAUAAGCUGUUGCAGAAACGUAGCGAUGUCAAAGGACUUUCCCUCUUCGAGCUUAACUUGGAGACGUGGCGUCAGCUUUGGCGUGUCCUGGAAUUAUCCGACAUAUUGCUCAUCACUGUGGAUGUGCGCUAUGCCUCACUGAUGUUUCCUCCCUCACUCUACGACUAUAUUGUGCAUACACUGCAGAAGCAUGCGAUUGUUGUGCUGAAUAAAGUGGAUCUUGUUGCACCCGAGGCUGUCGUUGCCUGGCGGCACUAUUUCAGCGAACACUAUCCGGAGGUGCGUUUGGUGAUCUUUGCAUCGUAUUCAGCGCGCAGCCGCAAUCAGCGUGGCCGGCAUCGUCAAAGCCUGGAGGGUGUAUACAAUAUCUAUCGCGAAUGCCAGCGCUAUGUCCAGGGUGACGUAGAUCUCUCGGCAUGGGAGCAAAAGAUUCGCGACGAUAUGCGCAACGAGGAGUUGGAGGUGGACGUGGAUGCCACGAAGCCGCAAUGCGAAGGCGAAGUGAAAAUCACAAAUACCAUUGAUACCACACCGCAUCAGCACGAGAAAUUCAACAGUGGGGUGUUGAGCAUUGGCUGCCUUGGGUUUCCCAAUGUGGGUAAAUCAUCGCUGAUUAAUGCGCUCAAGGGACGUAAGGUGGUCAGCGUUAGUCGUACACCCGGCCACACAAAGCAUUUCCAGACCAUAUUCCUCUCGCAGCAUGUGCGCGUCUGCGACUGUCCUGGUCUCGUGUUCCCCUCCAGCACGCCAAAGAGUCUGCAAGUGCUGCUCGGCAGCUUUCCCAUUUCCCAGUUGCAAGUGCCUUAUCGCUCACUUAAGCUGCUGGGCGAGCACCUGGAUCUGCCGCAGUUACUCCGUUUGCCACUGCCCGAGGAUUACAGCGAGUGGUCGGCUGUGGCCAUUUCGGAUGCCUGGGCAUAUAAGCGUGGAUUUCUCACCGCCAAAGCAGCGCGUCCGGAUCGCUAUCGUGCCGCCAAUCAUAUAUUGCGUAUGUGUCUGGCUGGUCAACAGCAAUUGGUGCUGCAGUUCUAUCCGCCCGGCUAUGAUGAUCAACGCGAACGAUGGCAACAGCAUCCCGAUCUGGUCGAGGUGAAAAAAUAUCAGCAGUUGGAUAUUGAUGAGCCGGACAGCGAGACCUAUGAGGACACUUCUUCCAUUUGCUCGGACACCGCUGAUAGCGAUGACAAUGACGAGGACAGCUCCAACGACGAAACCAAUGCGGAUGAGGAUGAUUGCGAUAAAGCGCGCUCGAGGAACGUAUUUGCUCUGCUUGAGGAUGACUAAGCCUUGCGCAUUGGUCCUAACGACAUUAAUUUAUAUACAUUUUUAAUACAACUAUUAUAAAUAAAUAUUUUGGUAACAUCACACAGUGAUUUGAUCAUUUACACAAUAAACCUAUUUAUAUAAAAAACCAAAA